GUGUCUCUCAAACUUUUGCAGUGUUCUUUCUUUUUUAUAUUAGUACAGCUUUUUGGGUCUUUUUAUUGCUUCUAGUUGUUUCUUCAUUGACUGUAUAUAAGCAAAAAAUACAAGGUCCAACUCUCCUUUUAUCCAAACGCCUCGCACGAGCAAGCCAAGACAAAGCGGUUCCGCAUCUCAAAAAUACAAAAACGCGUCUUAGAAGCAUAUUUCAUUUGCCUUCUUUUGUAUAUCAACACCCGCUAACAAGAACAUAACUACCGUUUGCAAGAAAAAUCAAUCAUGGGCGACAGCUGGGGUAAUAGCGGUGCCGGUGGCAGCACCGGUGGCGGCUGGGGUGGUAGCAGCACCAGUGCAAGUGCAAGCUGGGCACCGAGCUCGAAUAAUAACGCUGGUGGCUAUUCGCGCCAGGAUCGUGGCAGCUAUCGCUCGUACGACGAUAACAGCCGGAGCGACCGCAAGGACUAUGAUCGCGGAGGCAGCUCUGGAGGCUAUGGUGGCGGUCGUGGUGGAAGUUAUUCCUCCGGCGGUCGCGGCGGUGGCUUUGGCGGCGGACGUUUUUCCCGCCAGGAGCCCCAGGAGCUUGUCAAGCCGGACUGGGACAUGAAGACGCUGCCCAGAUUUGAGAAGAACUUUUACGUUGAGGACCCGAGUGUUGUGAGCCGCUCCCAGCAGGAGGUUGAUGAUUACCGCAAGCAGUUCGAGAUGACCAUCCACGGUACCGGCAUCCCCAAGCCCAUCACCUCAUUCAAGGAGGCCAACUUCCCUGACUAUGUUAUGGACGAGAUUUCGAAGCUUGGAUUUGAGAAGCCCACUGCCAUUCAGGCACAGGGCUGGCCCAUGGCACUUUCUGGCCGUGACAUGGUUGGUGUUGCUUCGACCGGAUCCGGCAAGACCCUAGCCUACACGCUGCCAGGAAUUGUGCACAUCAACGCGCAGCCGCUGCUUCAGCCUGGAGACGGCCCCGUUGUGCUUAUCCUUGCGCCCACGCGCGAGCUGGCAGUUCAGAUCCAGACCGAGUGCAACAAGUACGGCUCAUCAUCGCGCAUUCGCAACACCUGCGUUUAUGGCGGUGUCCCCCGUGGCGGCCAGAUCCGCGACCUGAAGCAGGGCGUUGAGAUCUGCAUUGCCACGCCUGGCCGCCUGAUUGAUAUGCUGCAGAUAGGCGUUACCAACCUCCGCCGCGUGACCUACCUGGUCCUUGACGAGGCCGAUCGCAUGCUUGACAUGGGCUUUGAGCCCCAGAUCCGCAAGAUUGUUGACCAGAUCCGCCCUGACAGGCAGACCCUCAUGUGGUCAGCGACAUGGCCCAAGGAGGUCCAGCAGCUCGCCCGCGAUUUCCUCCAGGACUAUAUCCAGGUGAACAUCGGAUCUCUUGAUCUUGCUGCCUCGCACCAUAUCAAGCAGAUUGUCGAGGUUAUCCCUGAGGCUGACAAGCGCUCGCGCCUUGCGCGCCAUCUGGAGCAGAUUAUGACCCAGCCCGAGAACAAGACAAUCAUCUUUUCCAUGACCAAGCGCACUGCUGACGAUAUCACUCGCAACUUGCGCCAGGACGGCUGGAUUGCGCUUGCGAUCCACGGCGACAAGUCGCAGAGCGAGCGCGACUGGGUCAUCCGCGAGUUCCGCGCUGGCAAGACCCCCAUCAUGGUGGCCACGGACGUCGCAUCCCGCGGACUUGAUAUCAAGGAUGUCAAGUUUGUUAUCAACUACGACUUCCCUAACAACGUCGAAGACUACGUCCAUCGUAUUGGCCGUACUGGCCGCGCUGGUGCUUCGGGAACCGCAGUUACAUUCUUUACGACCGAGAAUGCACGCUCCUCGAAAGAUCUGGUUCACAUCUUGACUGAGGCUGGGCAGGAUGUCCCCCAGCCGCUUGAAGAAAUGGCCCGCUACAACUCGCGCGGUGGAGGUCUUGGUCGCUGGGGCGGCAGCCGUGGUCGCGGCGGAGGCCGUGGUGGAGGCCGCGGUCGCGGCGGCUUCGGUGGCGGUAGCCGCAACGGCGGCUACGGUGGAGGCUCAAGCGGGGGCUAUGGCGACAGCAGCUAUGGCUCAUCGAGGUCGUCGUCGUAUGGCGGCAGCCGCGGUGGCAGCAGUGGCUACUCGCGCGACGGAGGCAGCGGUGGCGGCAGCCACUCGCGCGGCGGCUGGUAGUCUCAAAAUUUGUCCUGGUGCAUGACAUUUUAUAAUCCCUUUUUCAUUUUAAAAAUAACACUUUCUCACUUCAACA